AUGUCAUCCUUCUUCACUGUGCCCGCUUCACAGCGCAAGCGGAAGAGAGAAGACCGCGCCGCCGCUCCGACGUCAAAGAAACGAGGCGUGGGUGCCAAAAGUGACGGCGCAGGUGGUCAACGGACCCGGGAAAGAGAGGAAUCGAUCUCUGGUAGCGACUUGGAUGAAGAUGACGAGAUUGCAUCGGGAGGGUCCGGGGAAGAGACUGGGUCAGAUUCGGACGAAGGCGAAACGGCCGCAGACCGACGAUUGAAACUUGCCGAGCGGUACCUGGAAAAUGUCCGGGACGAGGUCGAUGAUUACGGAUUUGAUGCUGCGGAUAUCGACCGAGAUCUAAUUGCGGAGAGAUUAAAGGAGGAUGUGGACGAGUUCAAAGGACGAACUUUUCGCCAAAUCGCCUCAAAAUUGUCUUUUCGCACAAGUUCCUCCUCAUUCUUCCGCUCAGAUACCCAGACGACUACCUCUAUCGCGAUUCAUGCACCGUAUGCCUACACAGUAUCGAAGGACAGGACUUUGAUCAAAUGGGAAUUGGCAACCCCCAGUGCACAGGUGCCUGCCGAGGCAAAUGUUUCUAUUGAAUCUUCAAAACGGCCUCCACGACCCCAGCGCAAGAAUCCUAGGCGGGUGAGGUAUGCUCGAGGUGUGCGCAAAAUUCCUGAAACCGGCGAAGAGCAUGGGCACACGGGGAGCAUUCUAUCGGUUGCCGUCUCACCCUCGGGGCGGUUUGUGGCAACGGGAGGAGCAGACAAGAAGCUGAUUAUCUGGAAUGCGGAGAACCUAACGCCUGUCAAAACAUUCACACAGCACCGCGACUCGGUCUGUGGUCUCUCUUUCGCGCGGCAUAUCUCUACCAUGAGCUCCGGAGAGCAGCUGUUUUCUGGAUCGUCUGAUCGCACGAUCAAAACAUGGUCUAUAAGCGGAGCGGGUCAUGCGUAUGUCGAAACGUUGUUUGGCCACCAGGAUAACGUUGCUUCGGUGGCAGCCAUGACCAUCGACCAAUGCGUUAGUGUGGGAGCCCGGGAUCGGACUGCCCGAGUGUGGAAGGUUGUCGACGAAACACAGCUCGUAUUCCGCGGCGGCGCUUCCAGGAACGCUCAGUACCACGAGAACAACCUCGAUUGUGUCGCGCCACUUCCACCCAACCACUUCGUCACUGGUUCUGACUCUGGCUCCAUCUCACUUUGGUCGAUUCACAAAAAGAAGCCACUGUACACUAUUCCUCUCGCACACGGCCUGGAUCCCAUCCCGCCCCUGGACGAAUUGUCUCCAGAGCUGGACGAAGAGACCGCCGCUCACAACGCGCGGCACAUGCGCCGCACGCCUCGCUGGAUCACGGCCCUGACCACUCUUCCGGGUACGGACAUCGUCCUCAGUGGUAGCUGGGACGGCUGGAUUCGCGCAUGGCGUAUUUCAGAGGAUAAGAAAACGAUCAUCUCAUUAGGCCCUGUGGGCACAGGGCUUUCGGGGCAAUCGACGCCUGACACACCUUCACAGCAGUUAAACCAAUCGCUUGCGCUCGACGCCACUCCGGAAUCGGAACAGAUAGCUGUAGACAGCAACUCUCAGUCUCAGAAACAAGAGCCUGGGCCUUUGGUCAAGGGUGUUGUUAAUGACAUCGCGGUCUUUGAACGCCGCCCGGACAGCAACUCGGCAAGUCAACCCAAAUCCAAGUCGGCAUCCAAGUCGCAGUCGAACUCCCAACCAGAGCCGCGUGGUCUGUGUAUUGUUGCCGCCGUGGGUAAGGAACACAGACUAGGUCGCUGGCAGUGCUACGCCAAUAAUUACUUCGAAGGGAACACUGCCGGUGGCCGCAAUGGCGCCAUUGUGUUCGAAGUUCCAUUUACCUCUCUCGACGUCGAGACCGAUGUAUAA